AUAUAACUUUGAAGGGACGUCCAAAACUAUUUUUUUUAUAAAAAUUGACGUACACAUUGAAAUAAUUUCACUAAAAAAAUACUGGCGAUUAUACUAAUGCGUAUAUUGUAACCCAAUAAAUUAUGACAUUAUUAAUUAAUAAUACCUUACAUUUUAUUAAAGUUUAUAAAUAAAAAAAAAAUUACUAUAUCGGUAAUUUUAUCGGUAAUUUUACACAUAAAUACUACAAAAAUUCUUGGUAAUAAAAUGAAUGUAAUGUAAAAUAUGUUUAAUCACUGACCUUGUCACUGUAGUCACACUGUAGUGCAGAAUAAACAAAGAAUGGACGGCCGUACAAUGUUAUGCCGGGCAUGCGCUCAAGUCAGCUGCUGCUUAGCUUGCUGUUUCGUAUCGCGCUUCUUGCCCGCUUUCAAUGUUUUCCGUUUUAUUUUGUUAUUUCUGUAAUGUAAACCAAUUUUUUAACUAACAUUUAUCUGUUUCGUUAAUGUGAAUGAUAUUGUGCCGUAUAAUAGUGGUGUUAGCCGACAGACAGCAGAUGAAACAAGAUUUUGGCUCGGAGUCAUACAAUAAUUUCAAGGAGCUCGCCUUUUAAAGUUGAGCCCCGCACCGCACCGGCUUGCUCGCUGACCGCCGAGCCGCUAACUCGCUUUUUUCGCGCCCUACCGUCGCCCGCCCAGAACCGCACCGGCCGCCGCCUCCGCAAUGCUCGCGCACCAAGCACCUAUCGCCCUCUACUAAACCGUCAACAUCGACAAGAACGCGUGUGAUAAUAAUAAUUUAAUACUUGCCUAAAUAAGCUUGCAACGUCGGUGUCUUUAAUUCUAACAUAAUUGUAAGAUUAAUAUAUAGUAAUUAAUAUUUGUCGUACCGCGCGCAAACCGCCGCGGUUUUCGUGUUCCUACGCGUGUGCGGUUAGGAGUAGUGUGUGUAGUGUCGGGUGCCGCCGCCGCCGCGCGCCGCAGUGAGAGUGCACCCGGGGCGCGCCCGCGCUCGCUCCGCCGCCUAUGCGCCGCACUCGCUCAGCGUAAUAGUGCGCGCUCUCCCUCACCCCGGACACAGUGACAACGAUGGCAACCAUGGUGAACAUGAAUAGCCUCCUCAACGGCAAAGACUCACGUUGGCUCCAACUCGAAGUGUGCCGCGAGUUCCAAAGGAAUAAGUGCUCCCGACCCGACACCGAGUGCAAGUUCGCGCACCCGCCGGCCACCGUCGAGGUACAGAAUGGAAGGGUCACCGCUUGCUACGACAGUAUCAAGGGACGGUGUAACCGAGAGAAGCCCCCCUGCAAGUACUUCCAUCCACCACAGCAUCUCAAAGAUCAGUUGCUCAUCAACGGACGGAAUCACUUAGCACUAAAGAACGCCUUAAUGCAGCAAAUGGGCCUGACGCCGGGCCAGGUGCUCCCUGGCCAGGUCCCGACUGUGGUGGGCGGCGUGAGCGGCGCGGGAGCGGCUGCCGGCCACCUCGCCGCGCUGGAUCCCAUCAGUCUCGCCCUGCUCGCUCCGCAGGCGACGUCGCCCUACCUGUCCGGCGUGCCCGGGGUGGGCUCCACGUACGCGCAGUACUACGCGCCGCAGCUGAUGCCGGCGGUGCUGGGCCACGACCCCACGGGCGCGGCGGCCUCGCCGCUCGGCGUCAUGCAGCAACCUGUGCUGCAGCAGAAGCUGCCUCGCACCGACCGCCUCGAGACGGCCGUCGCGACGCAGCAGCCGGCAGCGAGCGCGACUUCGGAGCCGGGCAAGAAACGUCCGGCGCCCGCCGAGCUCGAGCCGCCCCCGAUGGACAUGAAAAGCGUCGGAUCUUUCUAUUACGAUAACUUCGCCUUUCCCGGGGUGGUGCCGUACAAACGACCCGCCGCCGACAAAGCCGGGAUGCCCGUGUACCAGCCGGCGACGACGUACCAGCAACUGAUGCAGCUGCAGCAGCCGUUCGUGCCCGUGUCAUGUGAGUACCCCGCGCCCGCCUCGUCCGCCCCGCCGGCCGCGGUGACGGCGGUGUCGGGCGCGUCCGCGCCGCCCGCGCCCGCGCCGGCCCCGCAGCCCGCGCUGCCCGCGCUGCCGCCCGCGUUGCCGCCCGCGCCGGCGCCCGCGCAGCCCCCGUCGCCGCCCGCGCCCGGCGCCGAGCCCGCGUCCGAUGCCGCCGCCAUGGCCAAGGAGGUGGCGCAGAAGAACUACGCGGCCGCGCUGGUGCUGGCGGCGCAGCAGUCCGCCAUGGCGCACGCGGCCGCCGCCUACACGCAGCAGGCGUACAAGGCCCGCGCCGCCGCCAUGCCGGGGCUGGUGCGCGCGCCCUACAUGAUGCGGCCGGGCUGGCCCGCGCAGCCCAUGCACAUGCCCGCCUUCUACCAGCAGCCGUACAUGUACGCGAUGCCGCCGCCCACGCCGCCCGCGGCCGCGGCGGCGGCGGCUGCGGCGGCGGCGGCCGUCAACCCCUACAAGAAGAUGAAGACGACCUAAGGGGCGCGGGCGGGCCGCGGCCGGAGGGGCGCGGGGCGCGGGGUCUCCGCGUAGAGACUCGUACGUGUGCGGUCCAGUGUGGCCCCGGCCUGUCGGGGCUUUAGCGCUAGGCGUGUUGUCACAUUUGUAUUGUAUUAUUGUAAGGACGAAGCGAGCGGUCCCCGCGUCGCGGAUGUCUAGGUAGUUUUACGCUAUAUAUCUAUUCUAUUAUGUAUCUACUCACUUAUCGAUUUAUCUUAUGCGUGUAUAUUUCUCGUACUACGAUCCCGGUAAUAAUAACGCUUGAAUGCAUGUCUGUACGUUUUUUAUUACCUCUCGUUGAUCGUCGUGUAUCGCAUCGGCGCUCGAGCACCGAGCUCGUCGCCGCCCCACACCCGCUACGUACACGCUUAUCCCGAAGGAGCUCCGCAGGGCGCGCUUUGGCCAUGCGCGGCUCGGCGGCAGCCCGCCCCCCGACACCUAACACAGCCGCCUUCUAAUUUUCGCAUGGAUAGAACCCACCACCCCGUAUAUACGUUUGGCUCAUCAGGUACUUUACUCAUUAUUCUAGUGCUCCCGUGUGUGCUAAGUGUGCCGGCGUGUCGUCGUAGUGCGGAGUCGACGAGCGUCGCUCCUGCGUUUUCAUUGAGUCGCACUUCUUUCUAUUUAUUUUUAACGCUUUCUGUUACAUGCCUUCCGAAUGACCGCUUCGGCUGUCGUCCGCAUUACAUACUUUUGUCGCUUUUUGUUUCGGGACGGCAGGCUGCGCGCCGCCCAACGCUCCCUAUGUGGAGUACACGGACGAGCGCGGACAGGUAACGAGUGCGUGCCCCGCUUGCUCCCACACACGCACUCCCCGAGCGGCGCUGGCAUGUGGCUAAACACAUUAACGCUAACUCCUGGUCUACAUCACCGUUUCUCUCGCCCUAGCUGCUCCCCGGCACUCCAUCUACUGUGAUCACGGCUCAAGUGUGGCUCUCUAACUGAUUCGCAUAUCGCCUUUCUCUCCUUUGCGGCUUGUAAACCUUUUUUUGCCGGCACUCGAUUAUGUUUCAUACGACAAAUAAUAGGGUGUUUGACUGGUAUUAUAUAAGUAAUAGUAGAAGAGGAUUUUUGUUUUACUAUUAAAUGAUUCGAUUUCGGCUAGCCCAUAAUUAUAUUAGUCAAUUUGAUUAUACGAAGAAAAUAUCAGAUACAUAUACUCGUAGAGUUUAGAGUAUACAUGAAUAAUGGAAUUGAUUUAAUUGGAUCAAGUUUUGACUUAUAGUAAGAGAUAAAUUAUGAAAACUGCACGACAUUUAUUUGUGUAAUCGAUAGAUGUACAUGUUUUUUUUAAACUUAUCAGAAAAAAAAUCGCACAAAAAAUAAGCUCAAAAAAAUAGCUAAAAGUUGAAUAUGUACAUAUUAAGUAUAGCAUGUAAGACAAAGUAUCUUGAUUAAAGCGGACUGUGACUUUAAGAAGAAAUGAAAAGAUUUUUUAAUGAUCAUGGUCAAACACCCUAUUCUCACAAAUAAUAAAAAAAACAACAAUAUUAACACAAUGCUAAACAUCGGACUGAACUAUUAGUUAAAAUAACUUCAUAUAACUAGAUCUGCGAAAUAAUUGAAAACACUAUGACUUACCUACAUCCAAAAUUUUUUCUUGCUUUGACGAGUGCGCUUAAGUAGUAACAAAUAGUUGUGCUUUAGGCGAUAUUCGGUAGAUUAAGCGCUUACUGGACAGCGGCCUAUAAUUCGCCACUCGGGCUUUCAUAACAGGUAAAGGUGCGCUUGUGUCGGCUCGACACGACUAUAUAUUCCUGUAUCGCUUAACGGUCGGUCGGGAAGUGUUUGUUCCUCGAAAGCCUCUAAUAACCGUCACGUGUUAGUGAACAGACCACCUGAACGUUCUGUGCCAAUGUUACUCGGUGUCUGAUAUUGAUGGCAUUGCUUAUCUCGCAGAUCAUACUAUAUAUCGAUGUCAUCAUCACAUCAAUCAUUUUUAGUCAUUGUGCUGUAACCGUAUCGAUUAUUAUUUAUAUAUAUUGUAUUAAACAGUUGAUGCUACAACUUACUUGUUGACGAUUUUUAGUUUUGUAUAGUGAAACAUACUCGCUUUCAAAUGUGGAAGAAGUCACUCUACAGUAUUGCCUUGCUUACACCCGGUAAGAUAUAAUCAGCUUACUAUAAUAUCCUCUAUAUAAGUGAUUUCCUGUAUGUUGCCUAUACUGAAAACCGCAUGACCUAUCGCAUCGAAUACUAUCUUGUUACUUGUAAAUAUUUAAACAGCAACAAAUGCGAUGUCUUUCACAUUUAUGAUUGCAUUUAUUUUUCUAUUACAAAAAUCUGUGGUAAUUUCAGUAAAGGUUAAAUUAUUGUAUUAAUAAAAAAAAAUAUUGAAGCCGCUGAAAAUGUUCCGUCAAUGAAUGACUGUGCAUUUGCUUAUUAUGAAAUUUGUGAAUUUGUAUUUCGACCUUUAGUUUACCUCUUGUUGUAUGUUGAAGUGAAGUCAAUUCCUUGGCGGAAGCUCACCUCCAGCAGUAUCAACUAUCAAUCGCUAAAGGGGGUCUUAUUUUUCACUAAUUUUAAGCUAAAAUGCUUUUUAAAUAAAUAUAUAUUCUAAUGCGUAGUUGGUAGUUGAAUUGAUGGUGGUGAAACGUGAGAAAUCAAAGUGUGUGCCAUACAUAUUUCGGAACGUGCGCUUCGGAGCGAUCGUCCGAAGCAGUCGCGCGUUCUUUGUGCGCGGGCCAAUUAGCCACUUUGAGUUUUCCCGUACAAUGCUUUAAAGUGCUUCGCCGUCGCGGCUUCAGUUCCUCGCUUGAGAUUCGUUGAAGCCUCUCUGAUGCCUUACUUGAAGUACU